AUCAGGGGAAAAAUAUAUCGUGGCUCGUCGUCGUCGUGUUGGAAAAUUCUGAAUUCGCGAUUGAUUCUAGAAUCUUCUUUUCUAAUUCAUUGUUUAUGAUUGAAUAUUCUUCGAAUCUAUUCAUCAGUUUUUCACGAACUCAGAACCAUAUCGGUGUAUCCAUGGCAUCAGGUGGAACCGAAACUUUUCCAGAUUUGGGUAAAAACUGCCAGCACCGCGACUGCAACCGCCUCGAUUUUCUUCCUUACAUCUGCGACGGUUGCCAACAGGUGUUUUGUUCGGAGCACAGAUCAUACAAGUCCCACGCGUGCCCGAAAUCUGACCUAAGCAGAAAAGUGAUUGUUUGCCAAACAUGUUCCAUGUCAAUUGAGACCACCGGCUACGUGGGACAAGACGAGGAUGCAAUCUUGGAGAAGCACCACAAGUCUGGUAACUGUGAUCCCACAAAGAAGAAGAAACCCAUUUGCCCUGUCAAGGGAUGCAAGGAGAUUUUAUCAAUAUCUAACACCAGCACAUGUAAAAAUUGCCAACUGAAGGUGUGCCUCAAACACCGUUUUCCUUCUGAUCAUGCUUGUAACAGAGGAGUUUCAGCUUCUUCAUCUACAGCUGCUAAUGGUGGGUUGAAGAAUUUCUUAGCUGCUUUUGUUUCAAGAACAGAACAACAGAAAAGGCCUAGAACCAGUGCAGCUCCUUCUGUUAAGGUCCAUUGAAUAUAUUGCUUUUAUGUUAUGAUUUUUAAAUGGUUAGAAAAAUGUCAUUAUCUUUUUCUUUUUUUUUGGAAUGUUCAAAUUACAUCAUAAACUACAAUAUUGGGAUUUGUUUUAUUUAGAUCUCAUGUGGUAGCACACAUCAACGCUCCCAUUUAAACUAAUGUCAUAAAUAGCACCUUUGCAA